AGCGGAUCUCUCCAGGAGGAUUAUCGGCAGAGGGACCUUCAUUUUUCCCAUUUCUUUCGGAAACUUUCCUUGCUGAAGUACCCCGAAGUCCUGUCCCACAGUCAUGUGGCCUCUACAGCUGUUCUUCCUCACAAUGCUCUUGGCGCCAACGAUCCACGCUUUCAGCCGUGCCCCUGUACCCAUGGCAGUGGUCCGGAGGGAACUAUCCUGCGAAAGCUACCCCAUAGAACUCCGGUGCCCGGGAACAGAUGUUAUUAUGAUUGAAAGUGCCAACUACGGCAGGACGGAUGAUAAAAUCUGCGACUCUGAUCCUGCUCAGAUGGAGAAUAUCCGCUGUUAUCUGCCAGAUGCCUAUAAGAUUAUGACUCAAAGGUGCAGUAACCGGACGCAGUGCGCAGUGGUCGCUGGCCCAGACGUCUUUCCUGACCCUUGCCCGGGAACGUACAAGUACUUGGAAGUACAGUAUGAAUGUGUCCCUUACAAAGUGGAACAAAAAGUUUUUCUUUGCCCUGGACUGCUAAAAGGAGUGUAUCAGAGUGAACAUUUAUUUGAAUCCGACCACCAGUCAGGAGCCUGGUGUAAGGAUCCUUUGCAGGCUUCUGACAAGAUUUAUUACAUGCCAUGGACCCCCUAUAGAACAGACACCCUAACGGAGUACUCUUCUAAGGAUGAUUUCAUUGCCGGGAGACCAACGACGACGUACAAGCUGCCCCACCGAGUAGACGGCACCGGGUUUGUGGUAUAUGACGGAGCUUUGUUUUUCAACAAAGAGCGAACCCGGAACAUUGUCAAAUUUGAUCUCCGGACAAGGAUUAAAAGUGGGGAAGCCAUCAUUGCUAACGCCAACUACCAUGACACGUCCCCGUACAGAUGGGGAGGCAAGUCGGACAUCGACCUGGCCGUGGACGAGAAUGGCCUUUGGGUAAUCUAUGCAACAGAGCAGAACAAUGGCAAGAUAGUGAUUAGUCAGCUGAACCCUUAUACCUUGCGGAUCGAGGGGACAUGGGAUACCUCCUACGACAAGAGGUCGGCUUCCAACGCGUUCAUGAUCUGUGGCAUUUUGUAUGUGGUGAAAUCUGUGUACGAGGAUGACGACAACGAAGCGACGGGGAAUAAGAUAGACUAUAUAUACAAUACUGAGCAAAGCAAGGAGAGUGUGGUGGAUGUCCCUUUUCCAAACUCGUACCAGUACAUUGCUGCUGUGGAUUAUAACCCAAGGGAUAACCUUCUUUAUGUGUGGAACAACUACCAUGUGGUCAAGUACUCUCUGGAGUUCGGGCCUCUGGACAGCAGAACAGGGCAGGCACACCACGGCCAGGUCUCCUACAUUGCACCUCCGAUUCCUUUAGACUCUGAUCUGGAGAGGCAGUCGUUUAAGGCAUCAACAUCUGGAGCCACGGGGCUGGGGGGCAUGACCACGAGUACAACACCCCGUAUCGUCGCCAGCAGCACAGUGCGUACCACCACAGUGUCGGCUUUGGGCAGAAGGAACAGAAGCACGAGCACGCCUUCCCCAGCGGUGGAUGUCCCCAACGAACUGACCACGCACCUGGUGCCCGCCUCUUCCCAGCUGCCUGCUAUCGGAGCAGAGAGCUGUGAGACCGUGGAGGCUCGCGAGAUUGUGUGGUUCAAGACCCGCCAAGGACAGGUGGCAAAGCAGCCGUGCCCGAGGGGGACUGUAGGCGUGUCAACGUUUCUGUGUCUCGCUCCUGGUGGGAUAUGGGACCCUCAAGGACCAGACCUCAGCAACUGCUCUUCCCUUUGGGUCAACCACAUCACACAGAAGCUCAAGUCGGGAGAGACUGCUGCCAACGUUGCGAGGGAACUGGCCGAGCAAACGAAAAGCCACCUGAAUGCAGGCGACAUCACCUACUCGGUCCGGGCGAUGGACCAGUUAGUGGGCCUACUGGAUGUGCAGCUCCGGAACCUGACUCCUGGUGGGAAGGACAGCGCUGCACGAAGCUUAAACAAGCUUCAGAAAAGGGAACGGUCCUGCAGAGCCUAUGUCCAGGCUAUGGUUGAGACUGUCAAUAACCUCCUCCAGCCACAAGCUUUGAACGCUUGGAGGGACCUACCGGCCAGCGAUCAGCUGCGCGCAGCAACCAUGUUACUGGACACCGUGGAGGAGAGUGCCUUCGUGUUGGCCGACAACCUUCUCAAGACUGAUAUCGUGAGGGAGAGCACCGACAACAUUCAACUUGAAGUUGCACGGCUGAGCACAGACGGGAACCUGGAAGACCUGAAGUUUCCACAGAACACUGGGCACGGCAGCACCAUCCAGCUCUCAGCGAACACGUUGAAGCAGAAUGGCCGAAAUGGUGAAAUCAGGGUGGCUUUUGUCCUGUACAACAACCUGGGCCCCUACCUGUCCACAGAGAACGCCAGCAUGAAGCUGGGAAUGGAAGCCAUGUCUACCAAUCACUCGGUCAUUGUGAAUUCUCCCAUUAUCACUGCGGCAAUAAAUAAAGAAUUCAGCAAUAAGGUUUAUCUGGCUGAUCCUGUCGUGUUCACAGUCAGGCACAUCAAGCAGUCAGAGGAAAAUUUCAACCCUAACUGUUCAUUCUGGAGCUAUUCUAAACGCACAAUGACAGGGUAUUGGUCAACGCAAGGAUGUCGACUCCUGACAACCAACAAGACACACACCACGUGCUCCUGUAACCACUUAACCAACUUUGCCGUCCUGAUGGCCCAUGUGGAAGUGAAGCACAGGGAUGCAGUCCAUGACCUGCUCCUGGAUGUUAUCACCUGGGUCGGCAUCCUCCUGUCCCUCGUCUGCCUCCUGAUCUGCAUCUUUACCUUCUGCUUCUUCCGUGGGCUCCAAAGUGACCGAAAUACGAUCCAUAAAAACUUGUGCAUCAGCCUGUUUGUGGCAGAACUUCUCUUCCUCAUUGGAAUCAACAGGACGGACCAGCCGAUUGCUUGUGCUGUGUUCGCUGCCCUCCUGCACUUCUUCUUCCUCGCUGCUUUCACCUGGAUGUUUUUGGAGGGAGUCCAGCUCUACAUCAUGUUGGUGGAGGUCUUCGAGAGCGAACAUUCGCGAAGGAAAUACUUCUACCUGGUUGGCUACGGGAUGCCUGCUCUGAUUGUGGCUGUUUCAGCAGCAGUAGACUACAGAAGUUACGGCACAGAUAAAGUAUGUUGGCUUCGACUUGACACCUACUUCAUCUGGAGCUUUAUAGGACCGGCAACCUUGAUAAUUAUGCUUAACGUAAUCUUCCUCGGGAUUGCUCUUUACAAAAUGUUCCAUCAUACGGCCAUAUUGAAGCCUGAAUCUGGGUGCCUCGACAAUAUCAAGUCAUGGGUUAUAGGUGCAAUAGCUCUGCUCUGCCUAUUAGGACUGACCUGGGCGUUUGGACUUAUGUAUAUUAAUGAAAGCACAGUCAUCAUGGCGUACCUCUUCACCAUUUUCAAUUCUCUGCAGGGAAUGUUUAUAUUCAUUUUCCAUUGCGUCCUCCAGAAAAAGGUACGUAAAGAAUAUGGGAAAUGCCUGCGUACACAUUGCUGUAGUGGGAAAAGUACAGAGAGCUCCAUCGGCUCAGGGAAAACGUCUGGGUCACGAACUCCUGGAAGAUAUUCCACAGGCUCACAGAGUCGUAUCCGCAGGAUGUGGAAUGACACAGUCCGGAAACAGUCAGAGUCCUCCUUCAUCACCGGUGAUAUAAACAGUUCGGCGUCACUUAACAGAGAGGGGCUUCUGAACAAUGCCAGGGAUACAAGUGUCAUGGAUACUCUACCACUGAAUGGUAACCACGGCAAUAGCUACAGCAUUGCCAGCAGCGAAUACCUGAGCAACUGUGUGCAAAUCAUUGACCGUAGCUAUAACCACAGUGAGACCGCCUUAGAGAAAAAGAUUCUGAAAGAACUCACUUCCAACUACAUACCUUCCUACCUGAACAACCACGAGUGCUCCAGCGAACAGAACAGGAACCUGAUGAACAAGCUGGUCAACAACCUGGGCGGCGGGAGCAAGGACGACGCCAUUGUUCUCGACGACGCCACCUCCUUCAGCCAAGAGGAGAGCCUUGGCUUGGAACUCAUCCACGAGGAGUCGGAUGCCCCGUUGCUCCCCCCGAGGGUUUAUUCUGCAGAGAACCACCAGCCUCACCAUUACGGCAGGAGACGGAUUCCGCAAGACAACAGCGAGAGUUUUUUCCCCUUGCUAACCAAUGAGCACACAGAAGAUCUCCAGUCACCCAAUAGGGACUCUCUUUAUACUAGUAUGCCCGCGCUGGCUGGCAUGCCGGCCGCGGAGAGCAUCACCACCAGCACUCAGACCGAACCCCCGUCAGCCAAAAGUAGUGAUGUGGACGACGUGUACUACAAGAGCAUGCCAAACCUGGGCUCCAGAAACCAUGUCCAACAGCUACACACUUACUACCAGCUGGGGCGAGGCAGCAGUGACGGAUUUAUAGUCCCGCCAAACAAGGACGGGACCCCAUCGGAAGAAACCUCCAAAGGACCGGCUCACUUGGUCACUAGUCUAUAGAAGACGAAGCGAAACGUUUUAACAAAAAACAAACGCUCCUCGCCCAGCGCUCGGAUUACUGUUCGGAGUUAAAUCAAAGCGGUGGUAAUAUUGUGUAUUCUCCCACUUCAUGCUGUUCUAAACGACAAACAAUUCUCAUACCUUUUUAAUAGGAUUUCUAGGCACGCCCAGGAAGAAUGCUAACGGCUGUGAUUUCCCCCCUCUCCUGUCCCCCCCUCC